AUGGAUCCUACAUCAUUUGGAAUCGUCAAGGGGGAAGUUCAGCGUCUUCCUUUCAAAGACGACAAAGUGAAAGCCAUUGCUUAUGCACAGGGAAAUUUCUACGCCGAACAAGUUGGCGAAUUAAUGCGAGAGUUCAGUUUUGAUGAUGGCCGCUUGAAAGCACUCCAAGCUUGUGUUGGCAAGAUGCUGCCAGCGACCUGUGCUGGUUUAAUUCCCAUGCUUCGAGCGUUCAACUUCGAUAACAACAAAGUUUCCGCGUUAGAGCUAGUUUCGGUUAAGGUGGUGGAUCCACUAAACUUCAUGGUGCUCAACGACGUUUUUCCUUAUAUCAAAGAACGGGAGCGAGUGAGAAAUAUCAUGCAACGACGAGCUACCAUGGUACCUCCUCAGCCCCCACCUCCAGUGAAUCCUGCCGUCGCUGGUAAUCCCUAUCCUUAUGGCAGACCCAACCCAACUGUAGAUCCAAGCGACCCAGUAUUCAGAGUUGCUGAUAAAGCUGUCACUGGUGCAUUUAAUAUUGUGGAAGGAGCAUGUGGUGCCCUGUUUGGUCGUCCUGCCCAGCGCGGUGCUGUUGUCCAAAGACCAGUUGCAUACCAAACAACAACAUAUGUAUCACCCCCAGGAGGUGGGGUGCAAGUAGUGAGUGUCCCACCGGGUGCAACAGUCACUACAAUCCCUCCAGCUGCACCUUACCCACAGCAGGCAUAUCGCCCAGCAGGUCCUUAUCCUGUGGGCCAAGCACCACCUCCAUACCAACCUCAACCAGGAUACCCAGCCCCACCACGAUAUUAUAAGUAA